AUGCCAGCGAUAGACAAGCCUAAGGCAGAAGAGCUGCUCGCGCAGCUUCAGCAACAUCAAGCGAAUCAAGCCCAAUGUCUUAGAAACUUACUAGGCCUACCAUCAGAGAAUGCGGCCGAAGAAAAGCGCGAGGCCGCCGGAAAAGUAAUGGGGGGCGAAAAAUCCCCAGGAAUGAGCUCAGAGACUGCAGGGACUGUUCCUAAGAUUUCCCGCGACGAAAAGACCGAGAUGCCUGCCGACUGGGCCUUGCCUUGGAGCAACGCUCUUUUGCGAAAACGUAUCGAUGAGAGGAGAGACGAGCCAGGCUGCGCAGGUGACGACUUAGGAGCUGUAUCUCAUCGUCUGCAUCUAGAUCUUUCAGACGUUGAUGCCGCCGAUCCUGCGGUGAGGUUCAUCACAGCAAAUGCGCUCACGGAUCUGACACGCUUCACAUUCGAAAGGGACUUUCAGUUCCUUCAAGACCCUAGCGACUUUGAUCAAGCAUUUUCAGUGACAGAUUUUGACGAGAAACGACAAAUUACCUUAGACACUAGGACCAAUCUUAAAUUGAUGAAAGACAAAGAAAAUGAACUUCAGCGUGUUCUAUUCAGUCAGGUAUCCUCUCUUAAUGUCUCCGAACUGUCGUAUCUCUCACUAGACUAA